GGUAUAGCUUGUAGUGCUGGAUAUAUUGCUGUACCAUGGCAAGUGGAAGGGGGAGGAAUGAUCGGUGUUGUCAGAUUAGAAAAUCAAGUGAGAAACCCCCCAGUAAUAAAAUUAAAGAGUCAUACAUCUCCUAUCCUUGAUUUGUCAUUUAAUCCUUGUUAUAGCGAGAUAUUAGCAUCAUGUUCUGAGGAUAUGUCUAUAAGAAUAUGGGAGAUACGUCAUGAAGAUGAGAAUGUGAAUGAAGUAAAAGAUCCUUUAUGUAUAUUAAAUGGACAUAAGAAAAAAGUAAAUAUAAUAUCAUGGAAUCCUAUGAAUUAUUUUAUAUUAUCAUCUACUUCUUUUGAUUCUUCUGUUAAUAUAUGGGAUAUUGAAAAUGAGAAGAAAGCAUUUGAAAUAAAUAUGCCAAAGAAAUUAAGUUCAUUGCAAUGGGAUAUAACAGGUAAUUUAUUAAGUGGUACAUGUCAAAAUAAGCAGAUACAUAUAAUAGAUCCUAGAAAACAAGAAAUUUGUAAUAGUUUUUUAAUUCAUGAUGGUGGUAAGAGUACAAAAUGUAUAUGGAUUGAUGGGUUCGGUGGUGAAGAUAAAUGUAUUUUAACUACAGGUUUUUCAAAGAAUAAUAUGAGAGAAUUAAAAUUAUGGAGUUUAAAGAAUACAACAUCACCAUUAACAACUAUUACUCUAGAUAAUGCUGCUGCACCUUUAUUACCACAUUAUGAUGAAAGUGUAGGUAUGAUUUAUUUAAUAGGUAAAGGAGAUGGUAAUUGUCGUUAUUAUCAAUAUUCACAUGGUUCCAUGCGUAAGGUUGAUGAAUAUAAAUCAUGUUUACCUUUUAGAUCAUUUGGUUUCUUGCCUAAACGUAUGUGUGACGUUUAUAAAUGUGAAAUUGGUAGAGUAUAUAAAAAUGAAAACAACACAAAUAUUAGACCAAUCUCUUUUUAUGUACCUAGAAAGAAUUCAUCCAUAUUUCAAGAAGAUUUAUAUCCUCCUAUUAUUAUGAGAGAUCCUGAAUAUAAUACAAACAAAUGGACUGAUGGUAUAAACUUAGAUAUAAAAAGAGUAUCUAUAAAAGAUUUAACAGAAGACGAUUUAUUAAUUACAAGAAAAUUUAAACAAGUUCCUAAGUCAUCCAAAAGUAUUAUUAUUCAAGAUAACAAUAAUCCUAAAAAAGAUUCUAUCAUGAGACAAUUCACCAAAAAAUUUACAUUCAGAAAAAAAAAAGGAACAGUAGAGAUACAAGGAGAGAUAAUAGGAGAAACAAAAUCUUCAAUUGAAGCAGACUUUGAAGUAUUAGAAAGUAAAGAAAAUAAAAAUGCAAAUAAAUUAAAUGAAGAUCCGAAAUUUUUAUUUGCAUCUGAGGAUGUUGAAGUAUGUCACUUAAAAGACAAUGUUGACGAUGAUGACUAUCUUAUAAUAAAUGGAGCAAAUCAGCCAUAUGAAGAAACUGUUAUCAAAACAAAUGAAAAUGAACAUUAUAAAGAAAAUAAUGACACUAGUAUACAAAGUAUAAGAAGUAAUAGUAAAAGUAUAGACAACAAUGAUGAUAAUAAUAAUAAUAAUAAUAAAGAUAAUGAUGAUACAUGCCAAUCUCAAGAAAAUCAACAACAUCUAAAACAAAUAUCUUCAAUACAUGAAGAAAAUAAUUUUAAAAAUUUCUUCAAAAAUGUAUUAGAUAAUAUAUUAGACAUGAAAAUGUGUAAAAGUACAGCAACGGUAUUAUGA